AUGAAUGUUAUGAAUUUGCGCGUCGACUACACCGAGCUGCUAGUGGACAGCGCGGGCCGUCCGUUCGCGACCAAACAACUGGCGGUGGAUGCGCUAAACCACGAAUUCGUAUCGGCAGCCGCCGCGUGCGGCGCGCCCUCUGCCGAUCGCGACCAGUGUAUUGCCUCUUUAUUAGACGAGUGCGCCGCCAGCGAUUGUUCUAUUAGACUCAGACUGUUUACACCGGACGAAAUUACAAAAAUAUUUAAAACAUCUAUAGCACCAAAAAAUAGCACCGACGUUUAUGGCCUCUCCGCGAAACUACUAAAGCGAGCCAGCCCCGCAAUCAGUUAUGUCCUGGCUAACCUAUUUAAUAACUGCAUGCGAUUAGGACAGUAUCCGGAGUGCCUCAAAAAGGUCAAAAUAUGUCCUGAAUGCUUUGAAGCAGGGUUAAAUAACAGAUUACUCAGUUUCUGGGUACCAAGGAACACCCUAUCCGACAGCCAAUAUGCCUACCGACACGGCCGGUCGACUACAGACCUGGUGCGAGAAGUGGUGCGCUGUGUGCUCCGCGCCCGCGAGGCGGGACGAUAUGUAGCUGUCAUCUGCUGUGACCUAUCGCGUGCCUUCGACACAGCGGACCACGCACUAGUUGCAGACAAAUUGGCAUACUACGGUAUCCGAGGCGCGGCCUCCAAACUAAUACUGUCAUUUAUGACCGGCAGGGCCCAGGUUGUCAUCGGGGAUGGAGGUAAGGUUGUGUCUUCCGAACUACAAAACCUGAUGGGCGUUCCUCAAGGAUCGUGCCUCUCUAACACCCUUUUUAGCAUUUUGCUGAACGACCUGCCAAAGACAAUCAAAGGUGCAGACAUACUGAUGUACGCCGAUGACGUCACGGCAGUCGUCAGUGCGACCGCUGAACGGGGGUUGGAAGAGGCGCUUAACCUUGUUAUGGAGCAACUGCACCAGUGGUUCCAGUCAAACGGUCUCGCUUUAAAUAAAGAGAAAACGAGCUACAUGACCUUUAAAUUAAACGGUCAUAGAAGCCCAACCCUGAGGGUAAGUGCAGGUGGUGCCCCUCUACAGCACGUGGCCAGCACACGUCUGCUCGGGUUCCAGCUCGACAACGCGCUUUCAUGGGAGACGCACAUCAAUGAACUUUGUGGAAGGCUAGGUCGCGCGUGCUUUGCAUUGCGACGGUUAGCGAACACAGCCGGAAGAGGCGCAGUGCGAGAGUGUUAUUUUGCGACGGUGCACUCGCUCCUGACGUACGGCGUUGAGCUAUGGGGACGUGCUUCCGACUGGAGACGUGCGUUCUCUAUGCAGAAGCGUGCCGUUCGUGCGAUGGCCGGCAAGGCGGUGGAUGCACCGGCGCGAGACAUCUUCCGCGAUCUCAAGAUUCUGCCUUUACCCUGCCUAUUUAUUAACCAAGUAGCAAGAUUCAUGCGCGAAAACCUUGAUAUGUUUAAUUGCAGGGGCAUUAACACCAAUUACAACCUCCGCAGUAAUAGACACCAUAAUAGGCUGGUCACCGAAGCACACAGGCUUGCCAGGUCAGAGCGGUCCGUGUACGUUUUAGGCCCCUCCGUUUACAACCGCCUGCCUGACACUAUAAGAAAUGCAACUUCCAUCGCGGCGUUUAAAGUCAGACUAAAAAAUUGGUUGUCGCAAGAAUUAUUUUAUAAUUAUCAAGAUUUCUUCGAUUUACCUAUAAAUAUUUAA